ACGCUCAUUUGGCUAAAUAGUUCACGCACGUCACGCGCGUCCUGACGCCGACGCCCACUAUCUUUCUGCUUCCGGGGUGGCAUAAUUUGCGUGUCGCGUGCUAGCUAGCAGGCUUCGGUGAGAUCAAGCUAAGAGCAGAUGCCAUGUUUAAACAAUGAGUAUGGCGGACAAUCAUCUGGAAUACGCCUAUCUGCAGGGACAGUCCAUCGGGGAGCAUCUCGCUGAGGAUCCGGAGCUGGCAGCUAUUAAGGCCAGAGUUCAGGAACUGGAAAUGGAAGAAGAGACCGAAAGGAUGAAGGAGGAGGGUGUAGAAGAGCCUGACAGGUGCAAUGGUGAGGAGAUGCAGCUGCUGACCAACAGCCCUCGGCCUGGCCCAUAUUACAACAUGACAUCUGAGGAGCGGAUAGAUGCAGACAACAGGUCCAUCUAUGUAGGAAAUGUGGACUAUGGCGCUACUGCAGAUGAGCUGGAGAUCCAUUUUAAUGGUUGCGGUCCUGUCAACCGUGUAACCAUUCUCUGCGACAAGUUCUCUGGUCACCCAAAAGGCUUUGCCUACAUUGAGUUCUCUGAUCGGAAUUCGGUGCAAAGUGCCAUUGCCCUGCAUGAGACUUUAUUCAGAGGACGAGUUCUCAAGGUGUUGCCCAAAAGGACCAACAUGCCCGGCAUCAGCACCACUGACAGGGGAGGCCACCGAGGAGGCCACUCGAGAGGCAGAGGGCGAGGUUUCCAGCCCCCCAGGGGUCAGCAUGGCUCGCGUGGCAGGUUUCGCUAUCAGUCCACUAGACCGCAACACCAGAACCCGCACCCUUACUAUGGUGGGCCCCCGGUGGGGAAACGACAGUGGGGCCACCUGGAUUAUCAUGAACAGCCUUCAAAACGCUACCCUUGUCUUCUUCUUAUCACCCCACCUUCAGAGGAAAUGGGAGCCGGGGCAAGCGGACAGCAUUAUCCUCAGCAGCGCUAAUGACCUCCGUCCCUGCUGCCUGUAUACAAAGUGGGUGUAUGGACUGAUUUUAACUUGUGUUAUUUGGAUCACUGGUUUGUCUGCACUAGCCCUUCAGAUAGAUCAUUUUAAGCCUGUUGUGUAAACGCAUGAUGGGGUGUUAUCCCAUAUUCAUGCAGCUGUGUCCUACCAUUUUUACAAACUAAUAAUUAAAGUAAUUGUUUGAGCUCCCUA